GUGUUUGUCAUAGAAAAUCUUCAACAGCCAUUUUGGUCCAUGAAUCACUGCUUCCAGGAAAUCAAUCCUUCCCCUAAAAACUCUUUUUUCUUUUUCUCUCUCUAAACAGCAACAGCUUCACCCAGCGUGGCCACUCAUCACCCUCUUCAUUUCCCUUUUGGGUUUUUCUCACCAUUCAUAUUCUCAAUAUAUACAAAAAAAAAAAUUAACAGCAAGGGAGAGUUGUUGAUGUUCCCAUUGCUCAAUGCUUGCUGUGUUGACUAUGUGUGACUUCAUCCUUCGCACUCCACCUCCCAAGGGAUAUAAUGUAAGAUCUCAAACGAGGUCUACCUGGUCCACCUCUUCUGCUUCUUGUUUGCAUCCACAUUAUUCAAAUGUAUCAUAUACCUAUAACAAGUCCAUUCAUAUUUCUUCAUAUCACAAGAUAAACCAUCCAUCUUCUGGAACAAAUGGUGUUUGCAAACGUACACCUUUUUCAUCUUCGUACAGCGGAAGAGGAGUUCGUAUCUUAAAACACCAAAAAUCUUUGAGGUGUAGGUUUCAGAUAUGUGCAUCACUUGAUGUUGCAAGUGCUGUUGAUGUUAUCAAUGACCUCGGGUUAGACACUUUGACAUUCUUAGCUGUGACUGUACUCAUUGUUCCUGCCUUCAAGACCAUAAAAGCUAGCCCUAUACUUGGUUUUUUCUUUGCUGGAGUUGUGCUCAAUCAAUUUGGGCUGAUCAGAAACAUCACAGAUGUUAAAGUUCUUUCGGAGUGGGGGAUUCUUUUCUUGCUUUUUGAAAUGGGAUUAGAGCUUUCACUUGCACGCUUGAAAGCGCUUGCAAAGUUUGCUUUUGGCAUGGGACUGACUCAGGUUGUAUUAUCUACUUUGGCAUUUACAUCUUUCGAGCUUCCACCUAAUGAUGCCGUCGGGACAAAGAUUUUGGAGUUUCUUUUUCAUUCAAGGCCUGAUCUGGUGAAUAUUAGAAGUGUUGAUGAGGCUGUAGUGAUUGGUGCUGCGCUUUCACUGUCUUCUUCAGCUUUUGUUCUGCAGAUUCUUGCAGAAAAGGGUGAGCUUCCAACUAGAUUUGGAUCGGCUACAUUGGGAAUACUUCUUCUUCAGGACAUUGCUGUUGUUCCUCUUUUAGUCAUUCUACCGGUGCUGGAGACCCAGAAUCUGAUAGAAGAAAGUAUUUGGCCAAUGCUUGCACAAGAAAGUCUUAAGGCUUUAGGUGGACUGGGGUUGCUUUCUUUUGGAGGGAAAUACAUAUGGAGGCGAGUUUUUGAGGUUGUUGCAGAAACGAGAAGUUCGGAAGCUUUUGUUGCACUUUGUCUUUUGACUGUUGCAGGAACAUCACUAUUAACACAGAAGUUGGGCUUUAGUGACACGCUUGGAGCAUUUUUAGCUGGGGCUCUGCUUGCAGAAACAAAUUUCCGUACUCAGAUUGAAGCUGAUAUAAGGCCAUUCAGAGGAUUACUUCUUGGCUUAUUUUUUGUGACUACCGGAACUUCUAUUGAUAUGCAGCUUCUAUUCCGGGAGUGGCCAAAUGUGCUUUCUCUCUUGGCUGGCCUGAUUGUUAUCAAGACAUUGAUCAUAACGGCAAUAGGUCCCCGAGUCGGACUAUCCCUUCAGGAGAGUGUGAGAAUUGGAUUUCUUCUUUCUCAAGGAGGAGAAUUUGGAUUUGUUGUCUUUUCUUUAGCGAAUAGGCUUGGAGUGCUUCCCCUCGAGUUGAAUAAACUGCUUAUCAUUGUUGUUGUACUGUCUAUGGCACUGACUCCAUUACUCAAUGAAAUUGGACGAAGAGCUUCUGAGUUUGUUGGCGAGAAGUUUGACAAUGAGGAUAGAACUGCUGAAAUGGAAAACUUUGAUCUGAGUGAACCAGUAGUCAUCCUUGGAUUUGGCCAAAUGGGUCAGGUCCUUGCCAAUUUAUUAUCAACACCACUAGCUUCGAGUGACGGGGAGGAGUUGCAAUACGUUGCUUUUGAUCUAGAUCCUUCUGUUGUAAAGGCUUCUACAAAACUUGGUUUUCCUGUUAUCUAUGGUGAUGGUUCACGUCCUGCAGUGCUGCAGUCUGCUGGAAUAUCUUCUCCGAAAGCAGUUAUGGUCAUGUACAGAGGAAAAGAAAGGACCACAGAAGCUGUCCAGAGAAUUCGACUAGCCUUCCCAGCGGUACCAAUAUAUGCACGAGCUCAGGAUGUGAUGCAUCUAUUACAUCUGAAGAAAGUAGGAGCAACAGAUGCCAUUCUUGAAAGUGCAGAGGUAAAACCAUGGCAAUUCUUCUCUUCUUCUUUAUGUGAAUUCUGA